CCAGCCAUUUCCCUAUAAAUAUUAACGACUCUUCACAAUGCAAAGACAUUAAUCGCAGAGCUCCGAGGGUGAGCACAUCCCAGAAAGCCCCCAGAAACCCUUCCUCGAAACACUCCACACAAGAUGCGGCAACUCUUAUGGGCAUUCGCUUUGGCGCUCCUCGUGGCGGCUGGGCAGGCCAGGCCAUCGGCACACUUCGACCAGCACUUCAAUCAGCACUUCAAUCACUUCGAUCCCCACCACUUUGAGCACUUGGAGCCGCUGCACGAACCGCUGGAUUACGCGGUUCCAUUCGCCGAUCCAUUCCUGCCAGCACCUGCACCACCGCCAGCCUUUGCACCUGCACCACCAGUGUUUGGUGCUGCCCCUCCAGUGUAUGGCCCUGCUCCCACUCUCGUGGCUCCUCCGCCACCUUCCUUCAUUCCUGCACCUCCUGUGUACGCAGCAGCACCGCCAGUAUUCGCUCCCGCACCACUUCUACCCGCUCCAGCACCGCUUUUGCCCGCUCCCGCUCCUCUUCCCUUCCUUCCACCCGCUGAGCUGACGAUAACCCACCAGGUGCUGCCGCCUGUCCUGGAGGCCGUGCCCUGGGCAACAGGGCCCAGCUAUCGGGCGAUUCCCGGACCCAAGACCACCACCCACCACGUGUCCAUUGGCUACGCCUUCCCCAAGCUGCUCGCCCACCACGCCCACCUGCGUGCCCUGCCCCUGAAGAAGUUGAUCCACAAGCAUCAUCAUUCCCUGUUCUAGGCUAAUCACAGGAGGAUUGCAAUGAGGAUGG